AUUGAUGAUGACAUGAAACGGGAGAGAGAGAAUACUCAGAAUAGGAGAGGGUAGGUAUUUUCCAACAAGCCGCUGUCCGGUCAACUGCCAUGAAAAUUGUUCUCAAUCCGUGGUAGGUAGAACUUAGAAGUAAAGAAUCCGUCGAUCAGCCACCGAGCCGUUGACGUGUUUACCAUUUCUCAAGACCCUUUCACCGUGGUGCGUAGUCUUCUGAUUUCUCACUCUCUUUAACUACUAAAGACUAGACGUGCAUCAUCUACUGUAAGUGGUGAUGGAUGCAUAGGCUUACAUGAUUUUGAAUUCGAUGGAUUGAUGGAAUUUUUUUCAUCCAAGAAUUGUAAGCACGAUAGUCAUAUUCAAUCUGGAAGAUGAAAAAAGCAGUGAAGAUCGAGGCUUCUCUUGAGGAGGAUGAUGGAAUUGAUGAGGAAGUUGCUGAGAUACUGUCGUCCCAAAAGCUGGAGGCGGUGGACCGAGUGGAUCUUUCGGGGCGUCAACUUAAAUUUCUACCUGAAGCUUUCGGCAAACUUCGCGGCUUGAUCGUUCUCCGUCUCUCUCAUAAUCAACUGGAGAUCAUUCCCGAUUCAAUUGCUGGUUUGGUGAGGUUGGAGGAGCUCUAUUUAUCUGCCAACCACCUGCUAACGUUGCCUGAUUCAAUUGGUUUGUUGACAAAUCUGAAAGUUCUGGAUGUGUCCGCAAACAAGCUUAAUUCCCUGCCUGAAAGCAUUGCUGGCUGUAGGUCGUUGGUGGAUUUAGAUGCAAGUUUUAACAACCUAAGCUUUCUUCCAACGAAUUUUGGCUAUGGCCUGGUGAAUCUGCAAAAACUCUCUGUUCACCUGAAUAGAAUCCGAGCGCUUCCUAAUUCUGUUUGUGAAAUCCAAUCCUUGAGGUACCUGGAUGCUCAUUUUAAUCAGCUUCAUGGCCUGCCAUCGGCAAUUGGGAAGUUACAAAAUCUCGAGUUUCUGAACGUAAGCAGUAAUUUCAAAGAUUUGACGGGCCUUCCUGAAACAAUUUGUAACUUGAGCAACCUCAGAGAGCUUGACCUCAGCAACAACCAAAUCAAAUUCCUGCCCAGUUCCCUUUUUGAACUCGGAAACUUAACCAAGCUCAAUCUGGAUCAGAACCCACUAGUAAUCCCUCCUAUAGAUGUUGCAAACAAAGGGGUUGAAUCUGUGAAGGAGUUCAUGGAGAAGAGACAGCUUGAUAUGCUUGCUGCUGAAGAGCAAAGACGACAACUUGAAGCAGAUAAGCAAGCUCAGACUGGUUGGUUGGCCUGGGGCACCUCCAUGUUGCAUGAUCUUGUCUAUGGGGUUUCUGAGAGCGUUUCGGGCUACCUUGGGGGAACAAAUGCUUCGAAGGAUCCAUAUUUGGAUCAGCAAUUAUAAUCUCUACGGUCCGUCUCUUUCUUUCUGGUUCAACAAUAUAAUAAAGUCCCUAUGGUUUGCUUUUUCUGGCGCCAAGACUGAAUGGUGGGCGAUUGCCUUCCGAGUCUGAAUUCAUCAUGCCUAUGUAUGUACAGUGUUCUGUGCUUCGAUUCACCAGCUUAAUGCUUUGUUGACGCUCUUCAGUCUUCAUUGUAUUACAAGGGGUGAUCACGAGGAGCAAUACAUUUACGAUGAAGAUAUUAUCUAAAUUAAUAAAAUGAUUCCAAAUUAAUUAGGGUUUU